AUGCUUUCUAUAUCAAGAUUUGAAUUAUAUUUAACUGAUUUUUUCAAAGAACGUGGUCAAUACAUAUUCAAUUUUAACAAUCGAAGUUUUAUGAAGGUUUGGUUUAUAGAGCUACCGAUGUCAUUUUCUUACAGUGCUUUGGUUAGACAAUCACAUUAUGCAUUUUCUUCAUUGAUGUUGAUGCAUUGCCUGAAACCACAAGUUGUUAAAGAUAUUGCUGCUGCCACUGGUAUUUCAUCUUCACUGUUGGCGACCAAUAAUUUUAUUUCUCCUUCACAACAACAGCAAUUGAAAAUAAUGUCACUUCAAUAUUUUGAUCAAUCAAUUUUUGAAAUGAAGAAAUUACUUGACAAUUCAUGCACAGUUGAGGGUUCUUAUCCUUUACCAAUUGCAACACAAUUGUUCUUUGGAUUGAUUUUUCAGUUUACAUAUUUGGCUUAUGAUCAUUUAUCAGUACCACUUUUAACAUUUGAUGAAAUGGAAUUGGAUUACAUUUCAUUAUGUAAAAGUUAUAAAAUAGCCACAGGGAAAUGUAUCAGACCCAUUCUUAGUUCACCAUUGAAAGAAUUGUUUUUAUACAGAAUGGUUAAAUCAACAGUGCCUCCAGAAGAUCAAGUCAUUAAUCCUAUCGUAGUGUCUUUGACAGAAGAAUUAGAAGAUUUAAAAGAUACGUAUCUGAAUAAUUCUGGAUUUAUGAGACAAUAUGAUAUUUAUAAAACUGCUGUCAAUGAAAUAAGACAAGGAAUAUUUUCAACUGCUAUGUGUAAAUUCCCAUUCCCAUUUAUGUUGUGUUGUUUAGAUUUUAGUUCUGAAUUGAGAGAUUUGAUGCAUGAAGGACAAUAUUUUGCAUUAAGAUUGUUGUAUGUUUAUUCAUGUUUAUGUAUUUUCUGUAAAUUUUACAUGGAAAGAGAUGCUAAUUUAUGGACAGAUUAUAUUAUUUGGUAUAAAGAAAGAUCCACAUUUUUUGAUGGUGGAUUAUCAAGUGAAUUAGAUUAUUGCUUGUACAAAUUGGUUACUGAAUCAGAUUUUAUCAUCAAAUAUGAAAAUUUUGAGAGUUUUGACCCAAUUACUGAGUGGUGUAACAUCGAGUCAAGUAGAUAG